AUGAACAAGAUGUUAUCAAACAGAUUUCCCUAUAUUGUCGUGAACAACAAGAACUAUCAGAAGAUAUGCAAAAUUCACACAACUUCAUUUAGUAACACAGCUUUCAAAGCUGGAGAUAAGAUUCGCAUACAAAAGACUUUGACUCAAAAAGAUUUGGAUGCAUUCUCCAACCUCACUAGUGACCAUAACUACUUGCAUCAGAAUAAUGGCAACAAGAGGCCAAUAGUGCAUGGAGCACUCCUCAACGGUUUAGUGGCCGGACUGAUUGGCACCCACUUGCCUGGCCCUGGUACAGUGCUUGUAUCACAAACUAUGAAGUUUCCUAAUAAGUGCUUUGUUGGUGAGAAGUUGACUAUAAGUGUAGAACUUGUUGAUGUGAGGAAGAUUCUCAAAGUAAAGUUUUAUUGCAUUGUCGAAGAAGAAAAGAAGGUUGUGUUUGAAGGUGAGGCUAAACUCAUGUUAGCCAAAGACUGUUAG